AUGAACGAGAAAGGGAACGAGUCCAAGGCGACGGCGUGGGAUCGUGAGCAGGUCAAUAGCCUACGACACUUCCAGCAGCACUCGCGGCUGCACUUCAUUGGGCAGUGGAAAACGAAGGCGCAUGACCUCUUCAAGGCUUGGUUUGCGGCCCACCCCACCUGGAACCACGGCACCCUCUCCCAACAGUCACUAUUCGUGCAUCUCGACAUGGAUGCCUUCUUUUGUAGUGUUGCGUUGGCAAAGGAAGAUAAUGCGCACCUGCGGGGCAAACCAGUCUGCAUCGCCGCUGGAAAAGGCAACAGUGACAUCUCAUCUAGCAAUUAUAUUGCCAGGUCGUUUGGUGUGCGUGCUGGCAUGUACGUGAAUGCCGCGAAGGAAAUUUGUCCGGAGUUGUGUGUUUUGAGUUACGACUUGCCACGGUGUGAGGAGGUGAUUAAAACUCUUUACCGUAUCCUGUUUGAGCUCUCUCCGGAUGCAGUGAGUAUCGCCAUUGAAGUUUACAGCAUCGAUGAAGUUAUGAUUGCUUUUGACACGGAGAACUACGACACGGUGAAGCGUUAUUGCGCUGAUGUGCUCCAUGCCUUGGAGAGCACCACAAACUGCACCGCCUCAUGUGGGAUUGGGCCAAAUAUCAUGCUUGCUCGCAUUGCUACACGGUAUGCCAAGCCAAAUGGAGUAUACUUUAUUCCACCUCAAGAUGUACCAGGGCUCUUGGCGCAGUUGCCGUUUAAUGAGAUUCACGGAGUCGGAGAAGGUACCAUGGCGAAGCUGCGCCCAUUGUUGCGGCCAUAUUUGAAGGAUAUGAGCAUCAGCGAUGACGAUGUCCUUUGUUGCCAUGUGCAAAAGCUCUCUAAACUGCAGCUCCAGCGGACUCUGGGGCAGAAAUCGGGGGAAAAUUUCUUUAACCUCUGUCGGGGCACUGACACACGCCAAGUGUGCCGAACAGGUGACGAGGAGAACCAGCGUAUGUUGGGCAAAAAAGGACCUUCGAGCGUCAGCUGCUCCAUGAACUAUGCGGUAAGGCCGCUCACGCUGGAUGAUGUGUGGAGCAUUGUGAGACAGAUACUAGAGGUUGUCUGCGGCAAAAUGGAGCGAGGCGGUUGCACUAGCUCUGGCUUGCGUGUCACUCUGUUGGAACGUCAUCCACUGCACCCAAAGGAAACCCAAAAGUUUAUGGGGAGGGGAAGGUGUGUUGAAUUUCACAUUCCCAUUGCCUUUGAAACGCCUUUGCGAAGCUCUGAGCUGUCGCUCAUGCUAUCUCGAGUGAAGGAUGUCCUUGCACCCAUGCUUGUUUUUGAUCGACCAAUGACCGAUGAAGAGCGGGCGCGGGAGCUUGGCUUAGAUAACGAUGCAGAAUCAAGAGUUCUUUGGACUGUGAGUCUCAAGAGCGUGAAGGAAGUCGUGGUAUCUGACAUUCGUGGGAUGACAAUUCAGGCCACCGGCCUUCACGCGGGAGGAAGUGCGGUGGGUGGACGAAAACGCUCACACGAUGGGCAGCUUUCUCUUGUGACCGCCUUUUCAAGGGCCAUGGAGGGGAAACGGCAGCCGCCAGUGGUAGUGUCGAGCUCCCCCACCGACACCGCCCAUGCGGUGGAGAGUGCGUUUGAGCUGUCGGUCCUUGAGGAAUUGCUGGGUCGUGAGGUCGACGAGGCGUUUAUUAAGGACUGGAAGAAGGCUGUUCAAGAGGUCAGCCGACACACCGAUUACACGGCAGUCAAGGCCCUACUUCGCGUUGCUGCUCUCCAGUGCACGACAGAUGCAGGGCCGCGUGAGAUUAAGCAGCAAAUAUUUCAAGACCUUGUGGCGUAUGCAAAUACACUGUUACCUGUCCCCAUUACGUUUACUUAA